UCAUCAUAAAAUAAAACAAAUACAGUCUAAACACAACAGAUAGUCAGUGACAACAGUAGAGACUAGAGACUGUAUAGUAGUGUAGUGUAGGCAGUGAUAAGCGCAAGCCGAGCCGGCUGACCCAUAAUAACACGCGCAAUUGCACGUGCCAAACCCCACUCCUCACACGUACGAGUGGAGGAAACGACAAAAGCGUCGUGUCUGUAUAUAACUACCCCACUCCCAAACUCAACUAUUCACUUUCUCUGUUCCAUCUUUCUCUCACUCACUUCACUCACUCACACUCUGAAUUGCAACACAAUGGAGUUAAGCAAUGUGACCCUCGAGAUCUUCACCAAACUAGAAACCAAAUGGCUUUCCCACUGCGAAUCCACCGUCAAAACCCGCAUACUCACCAUUGACGGCGGAGGAACCACCGCCAUUGUCGCCGGAGCCGCUUUAAUCCACCUUGAGGACCAGAUCCGAUCCCAAACCUCCGACCCCCACGCACAAAUCGCUGACUACUUCGACAUCAUCGCCGGCACCGGCAUUGGCGCAAUCCUGGCCGCCAUGAUCACCGCUGACGACGGUUUCGGCAGGCCACUCCACACCGCUAAAGACGCUGUUGACAUCAUCACUAACAAAAACAAAGAACUCUAUAAGGCGAAGUUCGCCGGGGUUUUCCGCCGGCAACGGAGAUUCUCCUCGAGAAGCAUGGAGAACACGUUGAAGCAAGUCUUCUGCCGAAAAGAAGAUCAACGACGUUUGUUGACACUGAAGGACACGUGUAAGCCAUUGUUGAUCCCUUGCUUUGAUCUGAAGAGCUCUGCGCCGUUCGUAUUCUCCAGAGCCGACGCGUCGGAAUCGCCGAGUUUCAACUUCGAGCUCUGGAAGGUUUGCCGAGCCACGUCAGCGACGCCGGGGGUGUUCAAGCCAUUCCAGUUUAACUCCAUCGACGGAAGAACCUCAUGCUCCGCCGUCGACGGCGGAUUGGUUAUGAACAACCCGGCGGCAGCGGCGGUCACGCACGUCCUCCACAACAAGCGUGACUUCCCGUCAGUGAACGGCGUCGAGGAUCUCCUUGUUCUCUCCAUCGGGAACGGAUCGCCGGUGAGGAAAAUGAGCGACCACCACCGCGAGUGCUCGACGUCGUUGGUGGUUGACAUCGCGCUCGACGGCGUUUCCGAGAUCGUUGACCAGAUGGUGGGAAACGCAUUCUGUUGGAACCGUACGGACUACGUGAGGAUUCAGGCGUUUGGUUUGGGAGGAGAAGAAAACGAUGUGUUGAAAGAGAGAGCGUUGGAAUCGUUACCGUUUGGCGGGAAGCGGUUACUAGAAGAAAGUAACGGUGAGAGGAUCAAGAGCUUCGUGCAACGCCUUGUUGCUACCGGAAAAUCUAGUUUACCACCAAGUCCUUGUAAGGUUCCGCCGUAAGCUUUGUCGCUGACGGCAGUUUUUUGUUGUUGUUGACGGUGGUGUAAGUUGUAGUAGGAACUUGUAUGAUGGAGUGAAUAGCAGUUAAUAAGAGUUUGACUUUGACUUCAUGUUAGGGAAGGAAGGUGUGAGGUGAAGUGGUUUUCUAAAGUGGGACAUGACGAUUUGAGUUUUGUAGAACACACCUAAUUAAAUGGUAGUAACUGCGGUUAAUGUGAUUGGUAAUUUCCCAAAAUGGCUGCGUGAUUCGUGGAGAUGGAGCUCCACGACUAUACUCGUGAGUCGUGACAAACCUAUUUCUAUAACUCUCUUUUUUUAAGAAUAAUCACGUUUUUGUGCUCCA